GGUGGUCACAGACAACUCUUAAGUGGACUUACUUUAUUCUCUUCUCCAGGAUCAAAGAAGAAGCAAAAUUAUACAAAUUUGGGAUGGCAUGAAGUUGAUAUGGAAUGGAUGACUUAAGAGGGAAUAGAAACUAUUCAGGAGGAUGUGCAGGAGACAGAGGCUUCAGUGGAACAGCAAUCUCUACAACGAGACUUGCAUCUUUACCUCCUCGAGGCUUCAGUGCAUCAUCCAAGGGAAUGUCAAGUAACUCAGGGUCCACUAGCCUGGAGAAGAACAUUUUAACUCAAAUCAGUGACAGUUCUCAUUUCUCCUCCUCCUCUGUGGGUGUGAGUGCAGGUGGGAUAGGCUCUGGAUCAAGGGAAUAUCUGGCUGAGGGUUUGUCUGCGAGUGAGGGCAAGAAGGCAGAUGUUGCCUCUGGAGUUUCUGAGAGUUCCUCUGGAACAGACUCAGGUUCCAGAGUAAGAUCCAGCUCCGAGGGCAUGAGAAAAAUGCAAGAAUCUUGCAGCUCCCCUUUGUUUCUGGAGAGGAAAAACAUAACCACUCAAUCAAGACGUUAUGAUGGGAGUUCAAGUGACUCAUCUCCAGAGAUCACAAGAAAAGACUAUGGUUCAACUAGAGGAAGGAGUCAGAGCAGAGAGACAGCAAUCAGGACCAGACUGCAGAGUGCAUCUCCCUCCACUAGAUGGACAGAGCUGGAUGAUGUGAAGAAGCUGUUGAAGAGAUCACGCUCUGCCAGCAUCAGCCCCACACGAUCUUCAUCUUCCUCCCCCCUGCCUAUACCUCGCAGGUCCACAGUAGAGGCCAAGAUCUCCACCAAGACAGUUGAGCAAUAUGACACCACUAUUCUUGACACUGACCCAGGCUCAUACACAUGGAAGAGCUCCACUCUGCCCUCUGCAGUCUCCACUGGUACUGCUUAUGGCAGUAAUGCUUAUGGCCUGCAAAGCAACACCAACAACAUGUCAAUGGGAACUUCUAUUGUCAACAGCACAUUACCAGCUUCCUUAUCAGUGUAUGGCUUCCAUAACAAUUUAUUUCCUGUUAGUGGCGUUUUAACUACCAGUGACGUUAACACACACUCAGGAUAUGGAGUGCAGAAAAAUUAUUCAUCAAGUCCAAGCGGCACUGUUGCAGUUAGUACAGGCGUGUCCACUUCAGGAGCUGGUACAAGACCCCAUAAUGAAAACGUUGCAAAGAGAUAUCUGACGCUGGAGAAAGAGAACAUUCCUGUGAAGAGAGAGACUGAAGAAUUUAUUCUGACCAAAGACAGUGGCAAGCAGUUUACCAACAGCGCCCACAAUGGGACAGCAGGGUCAUACUCAGAUGUGUCAUUAAAGAAAGAAGCUAAGGCAAUCAGCUACUCUGAAAGAGUCCCUGUCAAGUUGAGCUUUGGCACACAAUAUGCGUCUACACCAGUGUCAACAAAAGAUAAAGCUACAUAUGCAGAGAUUCAUAAAGUGGAGGAUGAUGAUGACCGUAAGUGUGGAGGGUUUUUUGGGGGCUGUGGGCCUCGGUGCUGUUCCUGGUGGAAGUGGCUGCUGGGGUUUUUGCUCAGCCUCCUGUUGCUACUCGGCCUUCUCUUUGGACUCAUUGCUCUAUCUGAAGAGGUAAAGAAACUAAAGGCUCGUGUAAGCACUCUCGAGGGAAUUUCCUCAUCCAUGUCGGCCCACACAAGUCGUCUGUAUGCUUCUGUGGAUGACAUUCACAACUAUAACAGUGGUGCAAGUAAACUGGCAUAUGAAAAUUCACUGGGGAAUGAAAAUUUGGGGUCUGCAGUCAUUUCAGAUAAUUCUGCACUACAGAGAAAUAUACAGCACAUCCUGAGAGCAGAGCUGCAGUCUGAAGCCAUGAAAGCCUUCCUUGCUUCUUCAGUCAAAAAUGGAUUGCCAGGAGCCAAAGGUGAAGCUGGAUCUACAGGGCCCAAAGGAGACAGUGGUUUUCCUGGAUUGCCAGGCCCACCAGGAAUGCCAGGACAUCCAGGAAGAGAAGGAUCAAAAGGGGAAAAAGGAAGUGCAGGUGAACAUGGUGCAGAAGGACCACCAGGGUUUAGGGGGAGAGAUGGACCACCUGGGCCCCGUGGAGACCCAGGAUCCCCAGGAGCUGGAGAAAAGGGUGAAAGAGGUACCCCUGGUUUUUCUGGUUCUCCUGGUCCGGUUGGUCCACCUGGGGCUAAAGGUGCUAGUGGUUUACAUGGUGAACAAGGCCCUCAAGGCUUCAGAGGUGAACCUGGCACUGUUGGACCUAAAGGUGAUAGAGGACUUCCUGGUCAACCUGGAAUUAAAGGUGAUCAUGGUGACAAAGGAAACAAUGGGUUGUCAGGUGUUCCUGGGGCUGCAGGUCAACAGGGGCCAGCUGGUGAGAAAGGAGCUAAAGGAUCAACAGGCCCUCAAGGAACUGAUGGUGAAAAGGGCCAAAGAGGUGAACCAGGGUCAAUUGGCUUACCAGGAAUCAGAGGACCACCUGGGCCACCCAGUGAUGCUGGCCUACCAGGAAUUCCAGGGAUUCAGGGACCUCCAGGUAUUCCUGGUAAUCCUGGUCCACCUGGGUCUAAAGGUGAGACUGGUGCACCUGGAAGAGUGAUCAAUGCAGCAGGCACAAGUUCAGUGGCAAUACCUGGAGCACCCGGAAGCCCUGGUCCUCCUGGCCCACCUGGAUCUCCUGGACUCUCCGGUCCUGUUGGCCCUGCUGGACAUCCUGGUCAACCUGGUCCUAAAGGUGAUAAAGGAAAUCAAGGAGAACCGGGUAUUGUAGUGAAAACUAGUGAGACCUUGAGUUCAUCACAAGCAGAAAGACAGUAUGGUUCUGCUAAUGCUGCUGUUUCUGGAACACCCGGUCCUCCUGGUCCCCCAGGGCCUCCUGGACGUCCAGGAGAUUCUAGACCAGGUCCACCAGGACCACCUGGUGAACCAGGCCCCUCAGGAUAUGGCAGACCAGGUCCUAAAGGAGACAAGGGAGAUUCAGGAAGUUUUGUGCCUAAUUCAGGAACAUUUUUUGCGGGUCCACCAGGACCUGCAGGGCCAAAAGGAGCGAUAGGUGCCCAGGGUCCAAGGGGAUACCAAGGGGAACCAGGUCAGCCUGGUCUUCCAGGGAGUCCCAGUAGAGUUAUCUCUGAAUAUGGUGUGGCUCAAGGAUCGCCUGGCCCCCCGGGGCCACCUGGACCACCUGGACGAGAGGGCCGUAAAGGGGAUCCUGGCACACCAGGUUCACCAGGAUUCCAAGGAGACUCAAGAGUUGCAGUUGGGCCUCAAGGCCGACCUGGUCCUCCAGGCCCUCCUGGCAUUCCCGGUACUCCAGGGCAUUCCAGCGGAUCACAUUCUGCGGCAGAUUAUCGUCGUUACAUCAUGGAGUAUAUGCAGAGUGAUAGCAUGAGACAGCAGUUGUCUUCUAUGCAGGGGCCACCUGGUCCACCUGGGGCUUCAGUGUCUGUGGAGGAUGUGGCAUCUCGGGUCAUUGCUUACAUUCAGCGCUCUGGAUUCAGUGGCGGCAGUAUAAGUCAAGGGGCUCAAGGUCCACCAGGUCUUCCUGGCCCUCCUGGAAGUAUAACUGUUGACUCCAUCAUUUCCCUUUUACAGAGAGAUGAUGUGAGGCGUUAUGUGGUUGGUCCUCCAGGACAACCUGGUACACCUGGCACACCUGGCAGUAGUGCUGGUAACUUCAACACACAGGAAGUGGCAAACUAUGUCAUCAGAUUAAUGAAUGACCAGGGGAUGACAGGUAGAACUGGACCACCAGGCGCUCCCGGCCCUCCUGGCCAGCCAGGUUCCUCCUACAGUGACAUAUCCACUCUAAUUCAGAGGUCAGGGCUUAGUGGAAGCAUUGGACGUCCAGGGCCUCCUGGUCCUCCAGGGAUACAGGGACCCCCUGGUCCCCCUGGAAGCAGUUCCUCUGUGGUGUCAGGUUACAGACUUGAGGACAUCCAGCGCUACCUGCAGAAAAGUGAUUUUAGGGGACCUCCUGGCCCACCAGGACCCCAGGGUCCUCCAGGAGACACUAGGGGUCUCGUAUUAAAUGCUGGAUCUUCCCAACGAGAACUGAUCCGGGCUGAGCUGCAGGAAUACUUCAACAGUGACGCUAUGCGACGUUACGCCCAUGGAGGUCCCCCUGGGCCUCCUGGACCCACUGGUCAGAAAGGUGAACGUGGUGAACCGGGACACAGUCUUCAGAGUAUCAGAGGCAGAUACCACUAUGGCACUGAGAUUACUGAUCCAGUGGACUACUCCAGUGUUGCACUAAAAGUGACUGACUACAUUAAGAACCAGGGUCUACUUGAGGACCUGACAGAGGGGUACUGGAGAGGACAAGCAGGGAGAAUCCAAGGACCUCCUGGGCCUCCUGGUCCUCAAGGCCCACCCGGGUACAGCCGUGUCAUCGGUGCCUAUGGGAAUGUGACUGAUGACCUCAUGGACUUCUUUAGAACACAUGGGACCAUUCGAGGGCCACCUGGCAGGCCAGGACCCAAAGGAGACAAAGGAUACCCAGGACCUAAAGGAGACAAAGGGGAAACAGGAAGUUCAGGAACACCCGGUCUGCUGGGACAGAGAGGACCCGAGGGACCAAGGGGAGAGAAGGGCGAAAAAGGAGAUAUCCAGACUCAUAGAGGGAGAAGGAACACUGGUGUGUAAGGGUUUAAACAGCCGCAGCAGCACACUUUUGUGGAUAUACUGACAAUGGCAUGCAGACAGUUUACACAUCUUUAAGAGGAUAAAUACACAAACUUGCCUCUAUGA